CUGUUCGCGGGAGCGGCUGUAAAGCCGGGAAUUGCUGGGGGCGGGGGACUGGGAGAUGUUUCCGUGCCGCAGACCUGGUGGCACUUGCAGCUUCUACCUCUCCUGCUGUGCUUGUGUUUCCUCUCGUUGCCUGGAUGCGGCACCUCUUUCUUCUCUCUGAAUGGGCGCUGGGACGGUGGGAGCUGCGCCGGGCACCGUGAGGCUGCGGCUCCAGGGGCGGAGGGCGGCUUUGAUCUCGCGUAACCGCAGCCACUCGCUCUGCUAGAGGGAAAAGUGGAGCUGAGUUCAAGGUAGCAGGGGCCAUGCAAAGCGCUUCAGAGGUGGUGAACUUGCUGAUGGGCAUCUUGUUGACAGUAGAAGUGACUCAUCCAAAUAUGGUGCCAACAGUUGAUAUCCAGUAUGAAGUCAUUGGAAAUUACUAUGCUUCCGAGAGAAUGGCUGAAAAUGCCUGCGUUCUGUUUGCUAUCUCCCUCCUCAUGUUCACGAUCAGUGCAAUGAUGGUGUAUGGUGCCAUUGCUCAUCGUGUAGGCUGGCUGAUCCCAUUUUUCUGUUACCAACUCUUUGACUUCGUGCUCAGUUGUCUGGUUGCCAUCAGCUCUCUAACCUACUUGCCCAGAAUCAAGGAUUACCUGGAUCAGUUGCCGGAUUUCCCUUACAAAGAUGAUCUCCUUUCUUUGGACUCCAGCUGUCUCUUGUUUAUUGUUCUGGUGUUCUUUGUUUUAUUUAUCAUUUUAAAGGCAUAUCUAAUUAACUGUGUAUGGAACUGCUAUAAAUACAUCAUCAAUAGAAAUUUGCCAGAGAUUGCUGUGUACCCUGCUUUUGAAGCUCCUCCACAGUACGUUCUGCCAACCUAUGAAAUGGCAGUGAAGAUGCCUGAGAAGGAACCUCCACCUCCCUACAUACCUGCCUGAAGCAAUUUUUACUUUCAUUAACAUCUGUACCAGCUUCCUGGGGGUUUUUUCUUUUAAUCUUGCAAAACUGCUUAAGUAAUAGAAAUAUUCAGGGCUUUAGGAGCAAACUGUUCUGUUUAAAAUAUAAACUUACUAAGCAAAACACAUCUGAGAGUGAUUUCAUUUGCUUUAAUUUUUGUUCUCCCUAAUGCUCUUAAACAUUUUAUCGCCUUAGGGCCUUAUACCUGCAAGAACUUAUGCAUGUGACUAACUUGUGGCUUUUAAUAAUACCAGUGAGCCACUCUGAAGUUAGCUGUGAUUAUAAGUGUCUGCAGGACUAUGCCCUUAAUUUAUAUUAAUUUUUUGUAAAGUAGUUCAUAAAGACAAUCUGAUCGUGCAGCAAAAUGACAGUUUGCCUUUAUCCAUUUUUUGGAAGGGGAAGGGUUUGAAUGUGGUAUAUAUGUGACUUUUUUACUUUGCACUUUUCUCAUAUGUUAUCCUACCUUUUAUUGUGGUUUUUUUUUUGGUUAUCCUAUGUCUUGAAACAGUAUUUUUGAGGAACAAGUGAGGAUGGCACAGGAGUUCUAUUACAAUGAGCUGGGAAUGCAAGAAAAAUAAAUAGAAAUGUGGAAGAUGGUUGCAUGCUUCUAAUCUUCUAUGUAUUUUCCUCUUUGUGAUAAAUGAUACUUAAAUAAAUCUUUUACAAAAUGUUUA